AGAGAGGAAAAAUCAAAUUUUCGAGGAGACUAAAUCGACGGAAAAUUGGAGAAGAAGAUGGGAACGGCGGUGGGGCAGUGGCUAGAGGAAGCUUUGGUUGAUCUCUGCCGGAGACCAGAAACCGGUUUAAAUUUCGAUCGUGAUAUCGUCUCCGGUUUAGUCUCCUAUUGCGAUCUCGCUCAGCCUGUUGACGCGAAGGAGUAUCUCGACAAUAUAAUCGGAAAAGAAGGCAAAAGUAUCAUUGCAGAAUAUCUACAGCGAAGAGGAUACAAAGAUCCAUCCAGCAAUGUAGCAAACAGUUCUGUUCCAGAACUGCAGGUUUAUGUUAAGCCAAAAGUGGAUAAUCUUGCUUCUAGUGGAAUCAAGAAACCGUUUAAAACACCAAAAGAGGGAACAUCUUCUAAUCAUCAGCAAGCUGGAACUGUGAAAGCAACAGCUCCGGCUCAUCAAGCCAAUCCCAAGAAGAAAAAAGGUGGAAAAGUCAUUUCUCUAGCAGAGGCAGCUAAAGGAUCAAUAGUGUUUCAGCAAGGAAAACCGUGUGCAUGCCAAGCUCGUAGACACAAACUAGUGAGCAACUGCUUGUCUUGUGGGAAGAUAGUGUGUGAACAAGAAGGAGAAGGACCGUGCAGUUUCUGCGGAGCGCUUGUGCUGAAAGAAGGAAGUACUUAUGCUGGGUUAGAGGAAGGGUUUACUCCUGUAUCUGAUGCUGAUGUUGCAGCUGAAGCUUAUGCGAAAAGGCUUGUAGAGUAUGAUAGAAACUCAGCCGCAAGAACAACGGUUAUUGAUGACCAGAGUGAUUACUAUGAAAGUGAGGGUAGUACUUGGCUUUCUGCAGAGGAAAAAGAGCUUUUGAGGAAGAAGCGAGAGGAGAUUGAAGAAGCUGAACGAGCUAAGAAGAGCAAAGUGGUUAUGUCAUUUGAUUUAGUCGGCCGUAAGGUACUGUUAAACGAAGAUGAUAUCUCAGAGUUAGAAUCAGGGAACAGGAUUUUAGGACCAUCCGAGACUAAAACCGUAAACAGAAUAAAACCGAACCCAACGGCAAAACUCAUUCCAAUCUUCUUAGAUCCAGGACCAACCGAGAAGAAGCCAACCAGCAGCAGCAGCAACACAUCCAAGAGAGACAACAAGAAAAACUGGAACGGGUUGUGUCUAGAGAUCACAGGAAGGGUUCAACAUGACAGGAGUGAGCUUAAGUACUUACAAGCCGAUCCAUCAUCAGUCAUCGAUGGGCUUCAUGUAGAAGAUGGUGCUGAAUGUUCCUUAGAUUACGACUGAUCAUUUUUUAAGCCAUUGGGGAAUGAAUUAUACAAGCCCGGUUUAAGAUUUCCGGUUUACCAAACCGUAUACUUUUUUCUUCAGUUUAAAAGUCAACAAUUUUUCUUUUGUUGAGUCCACGUCGGAUGGUUGAUACGCCGUCGGUCAAGGAUCACGUGUUCGUAAGUUUCGGUUUCUCAUUGGCUUACGUGGUGCGAUGUGAUUGGAUAUCGUUAAAUUCUCUUGGUUUUAUUAAGAUAAGAUUAUUCGUCUCCACGUGUAACGUGUUGUGUUCCCAUCUAUCAAAUCCUUUUCUUA